AUGUCUGUCCUAUCUCUCGAGUCCCUCUGCCUAGCAGAUAAUGACAGUCCAUCCUCUGCAGAAGACCUAGACCUGGAGGAUAAGUGGGAUACAGACCUGGAGAUUGAUGAGGUGAAAAAGACCAGUAAAGACACAUCGACUGCUGAGAUAUACCUGCAGGCCUGCAAGCUGGUCGGGGUGGUUCCUGUCUCCUACUUCCUCCGGAACCUGGGCACGUCCACCAUGAACCUCAACCACCACGGCCUGGGACCUCCAGGGGGCAAGGCACUAGCCAUCGCUCUGGUGACUGACAUGCACAUCACCAACCUGGAGUUGGCAGACAACUACCUGCUAGCUGAGGGAGCCAGAUACCUUCUAGAGAUGUUAAAGGCAAAUUUCACCAUUCAGCAUCUGGAUUUGUCCAACAAUCACCUACAGUCUGAAGGGGCUGAGUGCAUAGCAAAAAUGUUGCUCGAUAACAUUUCCAUCAAAUCCAUCAAACUUUCAGGGAAUGGAUUCAUAGAGGACGAUGCUAAAAGUUUUGCAGAUGCCCUGGCAAACAACUAUAGAGUAAAGGAGCUGGACUUGAGCCACAAUCAGUUCUGUGGGAGAGGUGGGGAGCAUCUGGGCCAGAUGUUAGCAAACAAUGAAGCUCUGGAGGUACUAGACUUGAGCUGGAACCAUCUGAGAAUGAAAGGAGCUGUGGCUUUCUGUGCCGGCCUCAAGGUGAAUGUGACCCUGAAACACCUGGACCUGUCCUGGAAUGGCUUUGGGAAUGAGGGGGCCUUGGCUUUAGGAGAGGCACUGAAAUUCAACAACACUCUGGUGUACCUGGACCUCAACAACAACCGCAUCACCAACGAGGGGGUGGGCAUGCUGUGCAAGGGGCUGGAGGCCAACGACACUCUCAGAGCACUGAUGCUGGCUUAUAACUCUCUGACAGUGGAGGGGGCAUUGGCUCUUAUUACUGUGGUCAAGAACACCCCCAAAACUGCUCUGGAGGAGAUCAACAUAUCCAAUGUGUUGGUGAAUGAGAACUUUGUGCAGCUGCUGGAUCUGACAUGCCAGGAGCAUCCCUCUCUAGAGGUGCAGUAUGCAGGGGUCGGGGGCUUUAUCGCUAAGAAACCACCCAAACGCCUUGACCCAAUGAAAGUAAUCCAGGAUUAUCUGGAUGAACGGAAGCUGCGUCUUUGGGACUUCUUUAAGAAAAUCGAUAAAGAUGGGACAAUGCGAGUGCCUGUGGCAGACUUCAGGAAGGCUGUGCAGCAAUCCAACAUCCCCUUGGAUCGAUACCAGAUUGAGGAGUUGAUUCAGAGACUGGAUCGUGAAAGGACAGGGAUGGUAGACUACAGGGGCCUGGCCGACACCAGGAAGCAGAUGAUGCGGGACCACCGGCGGCAGCUGCGUAAGGUGGAGUCCCGUCAGAAGAAAGAGAAGCAGAAGAGCGAGCGCAUCCUGAAGACCUUCCAGAGCGCCGUGGAGGCCAACACCCCCCGCAGCUCCAUGGUCAUGUCCCCAGGGGGCACCAAGGAGGACUCCAGUGGCCCCCAGCACUUCUCUGCCACCCCACUCAGCUCCUGGCACCACAUUGUCAUGUCCAACAGCAGCCGCUACUCUGUCACAAACCUGAGCAGUGAGCACAUCCACCUCCCCAUGCUAGGGGGCAGCACCCACCAACGGCCCACCAGUUCCCCCACCAUGCGCUCCUACUCCCAGCCCAACCUGAUGGAUGACUCCCAACGAUACCCCCAAUCCAAACCCUCCUCGGCCCAGGGGAUGCUCUCUGACUCCAACCCUGAUGUUGACCACACCAAGCUGAGCCCCACUGCCAACCACCUGACCAGGUCCAGUCCAGCACUGAACUCCAAGCAGCCAGACACUAAAACCAAAACCACCAAUUUUGAGACAUAUGAGAAUAAGCUGACAGUGUGUGCAGAGAAUAUAGUGACCCUGACGGUGUUGAUGGAGCUGAUGGAGAAGAACCCUGAUGCGUACAGAGAGGCCUAA